AUGAGUGCAAUUGAGCUGAUGGGGACUCAGAUUGAUGAAAUUCCUCGAAAACCAGAUUUAAUUCCUCAAAUAUCACGUGCAAAAAUGUCCAAGUGUCAACUGAAGCAUUUACCGAAAAGCCUAGAUGCAUAUCAUUAUAUCAAAAUAUUGGACCUUUCCGAAAAUGAAAUUUCUACAGUUGACGAAUCCGAAUUCUCUGGAUUAAUCAUUUUACAAUACGUUGAUUUGAGUUUAAAUCUACUUAAAACAUUAUCCCCAUCAUUACCAACCACCAUCACUCAUUUGGAUCUCUCAUUUAAUCCAGGUAUCUCGACCGAAUCAAUUUGGUCACUACGCUUACCGAAACUUGAAACUUUGAGAAUCACCCAUUGCUGUUUGACAAGUCUUCCGUCUAAUAGACCAUUGUGGGCUGAUUCAUUGCACUCAUUAGCUCUUGACGGAAAUUCAUUUACUUCAGUUCCCAAAUCAAUCGAGUAUUUUGUAAGUCUUGAUGAGCUUACAUUCUUUGGAAACAAUUUCACGCAAUUUCUUACAAUGAAUCCAGUUCGCCCAUUAAAAGUUUUGAAUUUUGUUCACAACAUGAUAACCAGCAUUGAAGAUACGAUCCCCAACAAAAUACAAACACUAUACCUCAAUUACUGCCCUCUAAAGCAAAUUUAUCCUUCUCUCCUCGCUAUUCAAGGUCUGAGGGUUUUAAUGCUUUCCAAUACCGGCAUUUCUGGAGAAAUCGAUGUUGCCCUUCCGCCUCAGCUCGCGAUCAUAGAUUUGUCCUUUAAUAAUAUUACGAAAUUAUCUUCGCAGUUUGUACAAAGCGCUGGAUCUAUUUCCGUAAUAAAUCUUGUCCACAACGAAAUAGAGUAUAUUCCGGAUGAGUUCCCUUCUCCUCUUUGUUUCUCGCAGAUAUUACUAUCGAAUAAUCGUCUUAAAGAGCUUCCGAAGACAAUGAUGUCAUCGAAAUCGCUUGAGAGAUUUUUCGUUACCCAUAAUCAGCUCACAUCAAUACCAGAAUUCAGAUUUCCACAACUUCGCGAAUUUGAUGUCAGUUUCAACAAAAUUACAGAAAUUUCGGACUCAUUUAGCAUAUGCUCGUUCCUUGUUACAGCCAAUUUCAGUUUUAACAAACUUACAGAUCUACCGAAGACUUUGGCCACUUGCAGAAGGCUUUUAGACCUAUACGCCAGCAGAAAUGAGUUUAAAGCACUUCCUCGAUGCAUUUUUGGCUUCGCUUCAUUAAGAUGCCUUGUUUUGUCGUAUAAUCUUUUGACGGCUUUGCCUCCGCCGGUUGCAUCGUUUUUCUUUCUGAAGACACUGGAUUUGUCAAAUAAUAGAUUCGUGACCAUUCCGAAGCAAAUUGAAUCACUUCAUUCGCUCAAAGUAUUAUCUCUAUCUCAUAACUCAAUAGAAAAGAUCGACCCUGACUUCAAAUUCCCACCUCUUUUAUCCACACUCGAUUUGUCAUACAAUCUCAUUCCGGAAAUCAACUUUACUGGAACAUUUUCUACAAUGACUGCAUUAUCACUUGCCUGCAAUAAAUUAGUAGUCAGAGACCUCAAUCCGUUCCCAAUAAUUCAUUAUUACUCAGAUUUUGGAAACCAAAUCAAAGAAGAUCGUACAGAUUAUUCCAAACUACAAAACUUGCGAAUUCUCGAAGAAUUUGGCAACAAAUUAGAACUACCAGAACCAAAGAUGCACAUAAUGCAUGCUAAUUUCACCAAUUUCCUCUCCGUUGGCUAUUCGUCUUUCCUCGGGCCACGUCCAACCAUGGAAGAUGCCGUUUGCAUUGACAGCCAAGGUAAUGACAAUAUUCUCGUUGCCCUCUUCGAUGGCCAUGCAGGUUUCGAAGCAGCUGAUCGAUCAUCUCAUAUAAUCCGGGCCGAAUACUCCAAAAUCCUCGCCAGCGGGAUUACAGACCCGAGUGAUUUCAGCACCAUGUUCUCCGGCGUCUUCGGAAACAUCCAGGCCAUGCUAUCUGUCGAAGGAAGCGAAGGCGGUUGCACGGCCGCCAUCGCAAUGGUCGUAAAGAACAGAGUAUACGCGGCCGGUCUUGGAGACUCGCGCGUUACUCGCAUCACGAAAACUUCUGCUGUCAGAUUAACUGUAGAUGCUAAACCUAUGGCCGUUGACGAGUACAGGAGGCUGAAGAAGGAAGGCCUUGGCGUCACAGUUGAUGGCCGAAUCAAGCGGAAACUGGCUGUUGCGAGAGCAUUAGGAGAUUUCUGGUGCGGAGAAGGCCUCUUUGUCAUUCCUGAUAUUACCAGUUUCGAGAUAUCAGAUGAUGACGUCGGGUUUGUCGUCGCAUGCGAUGGAUUGUGGGAUGUGAUGACAGAUGAAGACGUCGGAGAGGUUGUCAGAGAGGCAAAGAAUGCUGAAGACGCGGCAACUCUCCUGAAAAACACUGCUCUUGCACUUGGAUCUAUUGACAAUGUCUCUGUUGUUGUCGUUUUGUUCAAAGAAGGAGGAUUUGAUCCUACAAAUCUUGUAGAAAGGAUACCUAUCCUGCAGAUAACAGAACCAGAGAUUGAAGAACAAAUUCCACAGAUCCCGGCACCAUCAGGAAGAAGAAGACGCUAA